AUGAACCCCAUCGAUGCAGCGCAGCAGCUGCUGCAAAGCGACAAGUUCCUGGAACUCUUUCAACGAGCACUCGGCAGCGGCGGUGGCAACGGCGAUGGUGGAGGCAUUGGUGACAUGCUCCAGUCUAUGCCCGAGGAGGGCGAUCCAAAGCGGGAGGAGUGGCUGCGCACUCUGCAGUCACGUCUGCAGGAGGAAGCGACCAAGGAGGCGAAAGGGGACCUGGAGCAGGUGCACAGCGACGAGCAUGGUCAGUGGAUGCUUGUCUUGCCAGACCCCGGGUUCUGUAUUAAGACAAACGUAGCCGGUGGCGCGAAGGUGUUCAUUAACGUGUGCCAGCACGCGCGCAUCGGGGAGCCAGUGCCCAUGGAGCCAGAGAAUGGAAGCGCUAGUCAAGGUGACACGGCGGAGAUGCGCUACCGCAUCCCGAUCAGCUGCGGCCAAGCGCGACCCGACCAGGACAAGGGUGGAAAACCCUGCAAGGUGUACGAUGUCAUCGUCAACCCGUCGACGAUUCAGCGCUGCGGCAAGGAUCACGAGUUCCGUCGCUUCGUGGCCGCACUGUGCAUGCAAUGGAUUAAGCAGAAAUCUGAGCCCACCCUGAACGCUGACGAGUUCCGAAACCUCAACUUUAAGUGUAAAGGCAAACUUGAGCCGCAGCGCAUUCGCCUUUCGACCCAGCCGAAGGAGCGCAACGCGAUGGGGGACGAGAUCCGCCUGCCGGCCGCCGCGGGUAGCGCCACAGCGCCGUCGCAGGUGACCGGGUCGCAGGGAAACGGCAAGCUAAUCCAGGAGCUGCUUCCACCCACUAACACCGACGCGGGCCCUUCUGCAAGUCCGACGAAGGGGGCGACGGCCAGCACCGCUGCAUUGAAGGCGGAACCGGCCGUCAAGGGUGUGACAGCUGAUGGCGUGUACUGUUGGGCACUGCACAAGAGGCCGGCGUCGAACCCGUACUUCAAGGAGAACGUGCCGGCUCACUUCGACAUUACCCUCUACCUGCCAGGAGUCCAAACAAUCCGCGAGGUCGACGUCCGCAUCGGCCACCGGCGAGUGGAUUGCUACUACAUUGACGAGGUAACGGACGGCGAAGAGCGCGACGAGGAGGCGGCGGCCAACAAAGGGACUGGUGCCUCGCCGUUUCUCUCCGUGACCCUCGACUACCCCGUUUCCGAUGACGUGGUGGAGGCCAAGUACGUGCGGAAGACGUCGCUGCUGAAGCUGAAGCUGGCGGUGCAGCUGCCCGACGAGACGCAGGCUCCUGCCACUCGCCCAGACCGCGACGUGACUGAGGUUGAAAUGGAGGAGCAGCAGCACGACCAUGCGGCCCGCGAGGCGGAAUGGGCCGCCGCCAAGGCGAGAAAUGAGCGUCGGCAGGAGGAGGAGGCCGCGGUGAUGGCAGAGCGGCGUAGCUACAUUGAAAAUUUGUCCGCUGUGAAAUCGGGCGACAUCCCACCCAUCAUUCGGGAUGAGGUGGAUCAGAUGCCGCGCGACCAGCUGCCGGGCAUGCUUUACCGGCUGGAGAGGCGCAUCCGUAAAGGUGACUCGAUCGAUACGUUGCUGGAAAAGCUGCCGGAGCCGAUGCUGAACGCGCUGAUCGACUACAUUUGCGAGAAACUGUCGCUGGAGCCUCGUCAGCGCAAGGCCUCGGCAGCCAAAGAAGAGCACAACGUCGCAUCCUCAUCGCCUUCACAUGAAGGGAAUCCCACCUCUGCCGUCUCGCCGUUGGCGGCCAAAGCUGCUGAAGCUGACGACUCGAACAAGAGGCCGCCUACGGAGAGCCAGCCGGCGAUGCAAGUGUUUCACUCGACAGCGCAGUCCGAGGCGCUCUUCGGCGUUCAACUUCACAACCGGUACCUCUUCGCACUUGAUUGA